UCCUUCAGUGAAGUUCGAUUUGAAUUCAAGAUGUCCAAGCUGACCAUUUUAGCAGGCCUGUGUCUGGUGCUCGGACACCUCGGCUCCGCCAGCAGGAUGGAGUGUUACUUCACCAACUGGUCCCAGUACCGGCCCGGGGAGGGCAAGUACAUGCCCCAGAACGUGGACCCGUUUCUCUGCACGAGCCUCCUCUACGCCUUCGCCAUCAUCAACCCCAAGAACGAGCUGGUCACGUACGAGUGGAACGACGACGUCCUGUACAAGAGUUUCAACGGCCUGAAGAACAAGAAUCCUCACCUGAAGACGCUGCUAGCCGUCGGUGGAUGGAACUUCGGCUCAUCACAGUUCUCCAUCAUGGUGUCCUCUCCCGCCAACCGUAAGACCUUCAUCCAGUCCUCCAUCCGGUUCCUGAGGACUCACGGCUUUGACGGUCUGGAUCUGGACUGGGAGUAUCCUGGAGCUCGAGGAAGUCCUCCCGAGGACAAGCGGAGGUUCACGCUGCUCUGCAGGGAGCUAGUUGCUGCCUACGCCGCCGAGGCUAAGUCCACCGGGAAACCUCAGCUCAUGCUAACGGCUGCGGUAGCCGCCGGGAAGGGAACCAUCGACGCCGCGUACGAGAUCGCAGAGAUCGCCAAGGAACUGGACUUUAUCAACGUGAUGACCUACGACUUCCACGGAACGUGGGAAAAGUUCACCGGACACAACAGCCCUCUGUACCGCGGCUCCGAGGACCAUGGAGACCUCAUUUACUUCAACACCGACUUUGCCAUGAACUACUGGAGAGACAACGGGACUCCUCUGGAGAAGCUGAGGAUGGGAUUCGCUUCCUACGGUCGUACCUUCCGCCUGACGUCGUCCAGUACCGGCGUCGGCGCUCCGGCUAACGGUGCUGCGUCGGCCGGGCCGUACACCCGGGAGGCCGGGUUCUGGUCCUACUACGAGAUCUGCACGUUCUUGAAAGGAGCCACCCUGCAGUGGAUUGACGACCAGAAAGUUCCGUAUGCGUUUAAGAACAACGAGUGGGUGGGAUUUGACAACAAGAAGAGCUACGAAGUCAAGGUGCAGUACCUGCAGGAACAGAAGUUUGGAGGCGCCUUCGUGUGGGCGCUCGAUUUAGACGACUUUACUGGAAAGUUCUGCAAGGAAGGCAACCAUCCCAUGAUGAACCAUCUACGCAAACUUCUCAAUAUCGAGCUGCCCCCGAUGCCGUCCACCACCACCCCCAAACCCGGCGCCAGCACCACGUCUCCCACCACCACCGCCACCACCACCACUCACGCCCCGGGGCCCGGAUUCUGCAACGGCAAACCCGACGGCCUGUACGCCAACCCGGACGACAGGAACAGCUUCUACAUGUGCGCCGGCGGCAUCACGCACAUCCGCAACUGCGGGACCGGAUCCGUCUACGACGAGAGCUGCAAGUGCUGCGUCUGGCCGUAAGCUAGGCGGACAAACCUCAGCUAAAAUCACAGUGUUUCUCUUGUGUUGUUGGUCUUUUAUGUCACCAAGUCUUCAGUUGUGUUGUAAAGAAAACAUUAUUUUGUCACAUGAACUGACUUCAAUAAAGGACUUUUUAAAGCUCUCAAAA